AUGGCACCGGUACUAUGCGCAAAGUGCAAGACCGAACGCGCUCUCGUGAAGCGGCCCAAGAACCACCAGAAACUUUGCAAGGCUUGUUUUAUCUCAGUGUUUGAGGAAGAAGUACAUCACACUAUUGUCUCUUCCGCACUGUUUUCUCGGGGAGAACAGGUAGCUAUCGGGGCUUCGGGUGGCAAAGACUCCACCGUUUUGGCAAGUGUUCUCAAAACCCUCAACGACAGGUAUGACUACGGCUUGAACCUUGUACUCCUCAGCAUCGAUGAGGGCAUCAAGGGUUAUAGAGAUGAUUCGCUCGAAACCGUCAAGAGAAAUGCCGUGCAAUACGACAUGCCCCUUACUAUAGUGGGGUACGACGAGCUGUACGGCUGGACGAUGGACCAGGUUGUCGAAGUGAUUGGAAAGAAGGGCAACUGCACAUAUUGUGGUGUAUUCCGCCGACAGGCACUGGACCGAGGCGCCAAGAUUUUGAACAUUAAACAUGUUGUCACCGGCCACAACGCAGAUGAUGUGGCUGAAACCAUCCUUAUGAACCUCUUGAGAGGAGAUUUGCCACGGCUAGGUCGCAGCACAAGUAUCGUCACUGGCGACGACACUAGCGAUGUCAAGCGCAGCAAGCCCCUCAAGUAUUCUUACGAGAAGGAAAUUGUGCUAUAUGCUCAUCAUAAGAAGCUCGACUACUUCAGUACCGAAUGCAUCUACAGCCCCGAAGCUUUCCGUGGAACUGCUCGCACCCUGAUCAAGAACCUCGAGCGGGUGCGGCCAAGUGCUAUUUUGGAUAUAGUCCGCAGCGGUGAGGAUAUGGCUCGGCUGGUUGCAGGAGCAUCAGGCAGCUCUUGCGCCGGCAAAAGCACUCCCCGUGUCGCUGAGGAUGACUUCAUUGCUGGCUGCGGCUCGCAGCAAAGCAAAGGCCUUGCAACCGAAAUUGCUCAACUGGAUGCAAGCUUGAGCCAGACAAAUCUGACCAAAUCUCAGGAGACAGACUUCACGACUGCUCCUUCACCUUCGCCAAAGAUUGGAAAGAAGAUUCAGAAUUCGUCUGAGACGCCCAGACCGAGACAUGGCCAAGCACAGGCAACUCCGAGUGCUCCAUUACAGACAUUGGGCAAGUGUGAAAGAUGCGGCUACAUGUCUAGUCAAGCCAUCUGUCAAGCCUGUCUGUUGGUGGAUGGGCUGAACAAAAACAAGGCGCAGAUUAGCUUAUAG